AUGACUUUCGUUCCUCCACCAGGUUAUCAGCCCAUCUACAAUCCUUCAAUCCCCUACCUCGGUCCGAUCCGUGGAGGUCUUAGGCCGGAAAUGUCAAUUUACAUCCAGGGAGCUGUUCCGGAGGGCAUCACCAGGUUUCACAUAGAUCUGCAGUGUGGUGAGUUUGAAGGCGCUGAUGUGGCCUUCCAUUUCAAUCCGCGUUUUGAUUUCUGGGACAAAGUGGUGUUCAACACUUUCCGAGAGGGUGUGUGGGAAGGGGAGGAGAAAAUAAAAAAAAUGCCCUUCAAAAGGGGGGAACAUUUUGAGAUGGUCAUAGUGGUGAAUUCUGAAGGCUAUCAGGUCAAUGUGAACGGGAAAGAGUUCUACUUUUACCAGCACAGAAUCCCCGUUGAGAGAGUUUGUGUUCUGGGGAUUGGUGGAGAUGUGUUUAUCCAGACUAUCAAUAUCAUCGGAGCGGGAUACCCAUCUGGAGGAAUGGGGGGCGGAGGCAUGGGUUAUCCUGGAGAAAAUCUACCGGUGAUGGGAAUGCAGCCAAUCUACAACCCUACUGUUCCAUAUUCUAACAUGAUACCUGGAGGCAUGUCAGGCAAGAGAACUAUUGUAGUUAGAGGCAUGGUGCCGUAUGGAGCACAAAGGUUUGCCGUUAACUUCGUGGUUGGAUUCUCUCGUGACAUUGCUUUCCACCUGAACCCCAGGAUCAGAGAGGGACUUGUGAUCCGAAACAGUAGGAUUGGAGGAAUGUGGGGACAGGAGGAGAUAGAGAUCGGAAUCAACCCGUUUAUGGAGGGACAGUACUUUGAUUUAUCCAUUCGCUGUGGGCACCGAAGGUUCAAGAUCUUUGUGAAUGGGCAGCAUUUGUGUAAUUUCUUCCACCGGUUCGAGGCCUUUACUCAGGUGGAUAUGCUGGAGAUUGAAGGAGAUGUGCAAAUUUCUUAUAUUCACUUCUGAGCACGAAACUCGGAAUGAAGCAACAAAUCUAUAAAAGAAAAGCUACAGUUUGUGUGCUUAUGGUGAAUGGUGAUAAAUGUGAAAUCUAAUCUGUUAACAAAUGAACGAAGUUCAUAAGACACAUAAAAGUAAUUGUGUAAAUGUUAUGCAACCUUAUAGACUAAAUAAAUGUUCUGAAAGUUGUUUAAAAACUGAUUUAUAUUUGUCAAAGAUGUAAUUAUACUAGUGUGUACAUUUGGAUUUUCCCUGAGAUUUGUUUUAUUUGGUGGAUUAAUCCUGUUGAAACCGAACGUACUGCGUUUAUCUUCUGUGAUUACAGUUUUUUUACAUCAUAACUUUUAAGUGACUUCCUUUCAAAAUAACUUAUCAUGAAACAAAAUGUUCUAGAUACGAUCAAUCUGACAGCAUAAGAAGCAAAUGAGUGAGGCUUCGUUCUCAUGGCUUUAAGCUUGUCGAUCUCGAGUAGUUUCUUUGUUAUUCAUUUUUGAUGCAAGCAUCGCACAGUGGUUAAACAUCAAGGCAAGCAAAAUUGUUUGCAAUUGUUGUGGUUUUUGCACAACCUCACAGCAAAAGCAGAUUUCUCCAGCUCACAUCCUGUACUUCUUUGUUUCUGUAUCAAUCCUUAUUGAACUGUGCAUCUCUGUAGACUUUGAGAGGCUUUAAUGACAUUACAUUAGAAUAACUUUGGCUAAACGUAGCACCAUGCAAUCAUAAGAUCUUUAUACAUGAAACAAAAUGUUUCUUGCUGCGUUGGUGUCUGUAUUGACAUACUUAUGUAAUUGUGGCAAA